AUGCCUCGAUCUUCCCGAUCCUCCGCUCGACCAGCUGCUCGACCCUCCGCCCCAGCAGGUGGAUCCCACCAACAGACCCGACAAUCGUCCACUGCCGCCUACCCAGCUCAACAUGCCCCCGCUCAAACAUACCCUCAGCAACAUGCUGGUGUUCAACAGGGUAAACCCCCCGGAUUAUUAGCUCAAGCUGCAUCUACCAUGGGAGGUGCCGUUGCUGGAUCAGUAGUAGGACACGGUAUCUCUAACAUGCUUUUCGGUUCUUCAAGACCUGCUGAACAAGCUGCGCCAGUAGACCAACAACAGCAGAUGGUCAAUGGACAACAGUUUGGACAAGGUGCUAGUUGUGAUAUCCAAGCUAAAGACUUCACCAAAUGUCUUGAAGCUACCAACGGAGAUAUGCAAUCUUGUUCAUACUACCUCGAAGCAUUAAAGGCCUGUCAAGCUGCCGCUCGACCAUACUAA